CUUUGCGGCCCCUCCCCGCGACACCUGUGCCGACCGCCGGUGGCUCCCGGGACUCUCCGCUUCCGCCCUUUCAGAUGCCGCGGAGCCCGACUAGAGAGGCCGGUCCCGCGGCGGAAGAGCCCGGCGUUGCUCCGAAAGGGAGCGCUCGGCGCGGCGGAGAUGAAUCGCACAAAGGGGGAUGAGGAGGAGUACUGGAACAGCUCCAAGUUCAAGGCUUUCACCUUUGACGACGAAGAUGAUGAACUCUCACAGCUAAAGGAAUCCAAGCGGGCCGUGAACAGCCUUCGAGACUUCGUGGACGAUGACGAUGAUGACGACCUGGAGAGAGUCAGCUGGAGCGGGGAGCCCGUGGGCAGUAUCUCAUGGUCCAUCAGAGAAAAUGCUGGUAACAGCAUGUCCAGCCAUGAGGGUCGAGAACAGCUCAAGGGCCGAAACAGCUUCUCCUCUUAUGCACAGCUGCCCAAGCCAGCUUCCACCUACUCCCUCAGCAGCUUUUUCAAAGGGAGAGCUCGACCUGGAAGUUUCCAGUCUCUUUCUGAUGCUCUGUCGGACACGUCAGCCAAAAGCUACGCUCCUGAGCUGGGCCGGCCCAGGGGGGAGUUUAGGGAUUACAGCAACGACUGGAGCCUCAGCGACACGGUGCGGCGCCUCCACAGGGGCAAGGUCUGCUCCCUGGAAAGAUUCCGGUCUCUGCAGGACAAGCUCCAGCUUCUGGAAGAAGCAGUAAGCAUGCAUGAUGGGAACGUCAUUACUGCCGUUCUGAUCUUCCUGAAGAGGACACUGAGCAAAGAGAUCCUCUUCCGAGAGAUGGAGGUGCGGCAAGUGGCCCUGAGACACCUCAUCCACUUCCUUAAGGAGAUCGGGGAUCAGAAGAUGCUCUUAGACCUCUUCAGGUUCCUGGACAGAACAGAAGAGCUUGCGCUAUCCCACUACCGAGAGCACUUGAAUAUUCAGGACCCUGAGAAACGAAAAGAAUUUCUUAAAAGCUGCAUUGGUUUGCCAUUUUCAGGAGAAGAUUCUGCACACAUUCAGGACCACUACACACUCCUGGAACGUCAGAUUAUUAUUGAGGCAAACGAUCGACAUCUCGAAUCAGCAGGACAAACUGAGAUCUUCCGGAAGCACCCCCGCAAAGCCUCCAUCCUCAACAUGCCACUCGUGACCACACUUUUCUAUUCCUGCUUCUACCACUACACAGAGGCUGAGGGGACAUUCAGCAGCCCCGUCAACCUGAAGAAGACAUUUAAGAUCCCUGACAAACAGUAUGUGCUGACAGCCCUGGCUGCCCGAGCCAAGCUCCGAGCCUGGCAUGAUGUGGAUGCCCUCUUCACCACCAAGAACUGGCUGGGCUACACCAAGAAGAGAGCACCCAUCGGCUUCCACCGGGUCGUGGAGAUUCUGCAUAAGAACAGCGCCCCUGUGCAGGUCCUGCAGGAGUACAUCAAUCUCGUGGAAGAUGUGGACACAAAGUUGAACUUAGCUACCAAGUUCAAGUGUCAUGAUGUUGUUAUCGAUACCUGCCGGGACCUGAAGGAUAGACAGCAGCUACUGGCAUACAGGAGCAAGGUGGACAAGGGGUCCGCCGAGGAGGAGAAGAUCGACGCCGUUCUCAGCAACUCGCAAAUUCGAUGGAAGAACUGAAUGAUGUUAGCCCCCGACACUAACGCAUCAUCGCACCCUUUCCUGCCGUGAGAGUGGGCAGAGGGCUCCUCCGGGAAGGCCCGGCAUCUCCUCAGCCACGCCAGGCAUCGCAGCCUGGCCUCUGUCCAAGGGCCAGGACUCACGAGAAAGAGUUUCUCCACCUGGUGCUCAUGUGACGGUGGGAGGGAUUUCUUAAUGGGGCCUGUAUUGGGCAAGAUCUCUCCUGGCCUGACAGAAGUGACUGCUGCCAGAAACAGGUGUCUUGGACUAAGGCCGAGGGUCACAGCGCGGCUGCUCCCUUCCUUCUGAGCUGCGACCAUGGACCCUGUGCUGGAUGUUGGCAUUUCUGCACUGAAGGAAGUCAGAACAGACAGCCAUGGCUGUGUAUCUGCCGGAGGCCUUGCAGAAGGGGCAGUGUGUCCAGGACACUGGGCGCGCCUCGAGUCUUCUGCAUGCUGACAGGGGAGGCCUAUACGCUGAGUUUUUCCUGCCAGCGUCCCUCUGCUGCCCCCAUCUCCUCUGACCAAAAGCGUGUGGCUCCUCUGUCUGCACAUUGAGGGCACACACACACACACACACACACACACACACACACACACACCCUUCCCUCCACUACGCGAACCCAGGACCCAUCACCUUAGAUGGAACUGGGACUCAGCAGUGCUGGAGAGCGGUCGCUUUCUGCACACACCUUGUUAUUCCAGGAGCAGACUCCAGAGGGCCCACCCACUCACCCUGGCAUUAGCCCCAGCCUUGCUUUUCACGGGGAUGUCCUGUAACGAGAGGUCCCCACGCGUGUCGAUAUCACCUCCUUUCUCUGGGCCUGGUUUUCCAGUUCUGCCUUUACUCCCAAUAAAGCUGUUUCUUCUCUCUC